UAUUCGGCAGAGGUGGCGGAGAACAUGGAGGGUGUGGAGGUGGUGAGGCUGGCUGUGACCGACAGGGACGAGCGCCACUCUCCCGCCUGGCACGCCGUGUACAGCAUCGUUCAGGGCAACGGCGGAGAGUUGUUUUCCAUCUCGACGGAUCCAAAGACCAACGAAGGAAUCCUGACAACAGCAAAAGCGCUGGACUUUGAGACGGGACAGCAGUUCGUUCUGCAGGUGGCAGUGGCCAACGAGGUGCCCUUUGCCGUGAAGCUGCCCACCUCGACAGCCACCGUGACCAUCAGCGUGACGGAUGCCAACGAGGCCCCCGUCUUUGCACCCCCGGCCUUGAAGGUGAAGGUCUCGGAGGACAUCCCGGUGGGACAGAAAAUUGCCACCUACGCGGCACAAGACCCAGACACUGCGCAGUCCCAGAAAAUCAGGUACUUGCUGGAGAGCGACCCUGCCCAGUGGCUGGAUGUCCACCCGGAAACCGGCAUCAUCACUGCCAAGGCGCCCCUGGACCGGGAGUCUCCCUUGGUCCAGAACGACACCUACGUGGCUAUUGUGCUGGCGGUGGACGAUGGAAGCCCCCCAGCCACAGGGACGGGGACGCUGCUGCUGACCCUCCUGGACGUGAACGACCACGGCCCAGAGCCCGACCGGCGGAAGUUCACCGUGUGUAACCACAAUCCAAGCCCACAACUGCUGCGCAUCUCGGACAAGGACCUCCCGCCCCACACCUCCCCCUUCCAGGCGGAGCUGGUCCACAACUCGGAGGAGAACUGGUCGGUCGAGAUGGACAGCGAAGGGGAGACGGCCAUCCUGAAGCUGCUGAAGCCCUUGAAGCGAGAGACCUACGACGUCUACCUGCGGCUCCUGGACCAGCAGGGCAAGUCGCACCUGACCGUCCUCAGGGCCACCGUCUGCGAGUGCGAGGGGGAGGUGGACGAGUGUCUGGAGGGGCCGAUGCCCAUCGUCGGGGCGCCCAUCAUCCUUGCCGUCUUGGGGGCCGUCUUGGCCCUCCUGAUCCUGCUGCUGCUGCUGCUGCUCUUCGCGAGGAGGAGGAAGGUGGCUAAGGAGCCGCUGCUGCUGCCGGAGGAUGACACCCGGGACAACAUCUUCUACUAUGGCGAGGAAGGAGGGGGCGAGGAGGACCAGGACUAUGACCUCAGCCAGCUGCACAGGGGCCUGGACCCCCGCCCAGAGGUCCUCCUGCGGAAUGACGUGGUGCCGGCCCCUUUGCCGGCCCCCCAGUAUCGCCCCCGCCCUGCAAACCCUGAUGAGAUCGGCAACUUCAUCUGUGAGAACCUGAAGGCUGCCGACCUGGACCCCACAGCGCCCCCCUACGACUCCCUGCUGGUCUUCGACUAUGAGGGCGGGGGCUCCGAGGGGGGCUCCCUCAGCUCCCUCAACUCCUCGGCCUCCGACCAGGACCAGGACUACGACUACCUGCACGAGUGGGGCAGCCGCUUCCAGAAACUGGCAGACCUGUAUGGGGGAGGCGUGGCCGACUAGGGGGCUCCGCCCUGCAGCCCAACCCCUCCCCGAAGCUGCGCUGACCAGCUUUGCUCGGCUGCCCUGACCACCACGCCCCGUUGGAAGCACAAGGGGCUGCCACGGACUUCGGGGGCUCCAGAAGACGAACCUUCGACCGCCUUCGCAGGGGGGCAGCUGCGACUCUGCUUCCUGGGCAGGGGGCAAAGGUGUCUUGGGGGGGGGCUCUGUCCUGAGAGGGACCUGGCUGCAGGUUGUGAAGUCCCCAACUGCGCCUCUGUCUGGGGCUGCCCUGCUGCCAGGAGCUGAAGGUGCUGCCCAAGAUGGGGCUGGGCUGGGGGGGGGGGAGGGGAGGCUGCCGGAUGGUGCCCCCUCCCCACCUUCCUGACCUUCUCUACUCACGUAUUGUAGCUGUUAGGACUUGAGAUUUCUUUCCUCUUUUUAUAGCACGUGUGAAAUAACUCGAUGAUCACUAAAGGGCUGGACAAUCAGGAUGUAAAGUUUUAAUAAAGGCUUUUUUUUAAAAAAGGCA